AUGAACGACUCUAGGGACCACGUAAGCGACUCUACCACUGAGAACAUGGCAUCCUCUGCAGCAUCGACCAGCUCUUCGGCAGGCGCAUUGGCGCUGUCUUCGUCCAUCACCUCGCUCCCGUCGAUCUCAACACCCCUAAAUGACACGGUGAUGGGAACACUACAUCCGGUAAAGUUGUUCUCCCUCUCCUCUUCAUCCAGUUUGCCGACCGCAGCCUCUCCACAAGUUCCUUACACAAGCGUAUCGCACAAUCCGCAAGGGUCUUUCUUUAUCACCACCUCGCCAAACGGAUCCCUCCAACUUUUCGACUCGCUCCGUGCACGGUCCUUCAAGACCACCUACUCAAAGAAAUAUGGGUGUUCAAACGCCAUCUUCACCCUACGAACAGCAACACACUCAGUGCCAACUUCGUGUGUAAUUGCCUCAACCAUACCAGCGAGCUCGGACGACGCAGCAAACAACGCUCUCCGAUUUUUAGACCUCAACACAAACUCCUUCAUCAGAUACUUCCAGGCACACACUAAGCAGGUCACCUCCACAGUGUCUUCACCUUCCUCUGCGUUCGGUCUCGAUGCAUUCUACUCCGCAUCUGCAGACGGUACAGUUAGAGCAUGGGACUCAAGAUCAGAUAAAUGCUACGCGUGUUUGGCGAACAUGGGCGACAGCCCUAUAAUCGCAUUAGACAGAUCUGGUACUAUUCUUGCUAUAUGGCAUCAGAAUAAGUCAACAGUGUAUCUGGUUCCCCUAGAGUCUUUCCCCAUCGGCAUCAUUGGCAAAAUCGAAGUGGCGAACUGCCCUUCGGAAAGAAUAGAGAAAAUUGUUUGGGCAGAUAAAGGCUUGCUCAUUCUAGAUCCGCCAGGUCAUGAUAAAAUUGUCAUCGAUACCAUUAAACUUGGCGUUGCAGGAACAUUGUCUGGGGUAACCCCAUUUGCUAUCUCUUCUCAAAGCGAUGACGCUGCCAGGAGUGGAAGCGUGGAUGUAACACCAGAUGGGUGUUGGUGCCUUUCUGGAAGUGGAGACGGCUCGACUUUAGCAUGGAACUUAAGUGCGUUUUUUGGCACUGGCGGAAGAAUACCACCGGUUCAUCCGAUAAGGAUAGCCAACGACGAAUUGAUAAGCAAGCAAAUUGUCCCAAGAAUAUUGACCAUCAAUCCAAAGCUUGGAAGUGUUGUUACAGGUGACACCGAGAUCGUCAUCAGUAUUUUCAACAAGGACGAAUAG